AUGUACCAUCAUCAGCAGAAUUUCGGGAGGCCCCCGAUGACCUACAACGCGCCGCCGAAUUUGCAGCAAAUUUUUGCGUCGGUCGACGCCGACCGGUCGGGCCAAAUUUCUUCCGAUGAGCUGCAGCGAGCCCUCAGCAACGGAACAUGGAAUCCGUUCAACCCGGAAACCUGCCGGCUGAUGAUUGGAAUGUUCGACUCAAACGGCGACGGAGCCAUCAAUUUCCCCGAAUUCCAGGCCCUCUGGAACUACAUCAACGAUUGGACGAAUUGUUUUCGCGGGUUCGACCGCGACAACUCGGGCAACAUCGACAAGCAAGAGCUGCAGAAUGCUCUCACGCAAUUCGGGUACCGCCUCUCCGAGCGCUUCUACAACAUCCUGAUGAUGAAGUUCGACCGGACGCACCAGGGCCGCAUCAACUUUGACGAUUUCAUCCAGUUGUGCGUCGUCUUGCAGACGCUCACCGCCUCGUUCCGCGACAAGGACACCGACCGCGACGGCGUCAUCACGAUUCAAUAUGAGGAAUUCUUGACAAUGGUGGCCGCAAUGUUCCUCAACAAGCUCGGC